AUGCGACCAGUAGUUGAAAAACUUGCUGCUAAUCAUCAAUUAUUAACUGGCCAACGUGUAUUAGAUUCUUUAUUUCCGUAUUUAAAAAUGUAUGUUGAAGGUAAAGAAGUAUCAAUUGUGGAACGAACAAAUUCAGUUAUGAAUACAUCAAAUAUGCCUGUUGCUGAUUAUUUGACUUUAUCGGAAUAUUUUCGUCAUAUGGGUGAUUAUGUUGCUAUGAUGGCUAAUUCAACAUCACCUUGGUCUGAAGCUUUACGAAAAAGUUGUGGUCGUUUAGCUGAAACGUCUGCGAAUUCGGCUUAUCCAACUCAUUUAGACACUCGCUUAGCUUCAUUUUAUGAACGUGCUGCUCGUGUUCGAUGUUUGGACAAUCCGGAACGUGAAGAUUAUUCGAAAUUUGUAACAUUACAUGCUAAAUGUAAAGAAAUUUUACAAGAAGAAGCAGAUCUUUCGGAUAUUGUACAACUUGUUGGUAGAGCAUCAUUAGCUCAAACAGAUAAAAUAACACUUGACGUAGCACGAAUAAUAAUGGAUGAUUUUAUUCAACAAAAUGGUUAUUCAUCAUAUGAUAAUGAAGAAAAAAUCAAACGUGAUCUUGAAGAACUAAAUGAACGUGUGCAAGCAGCAUUCCGAGAUAUGGAAGAAAGUUAA